AAGAACAUCCUGACUUGUGAAAUGGAGCAGUGGGUGUGAUUUUGGUUUUCCGCUGAGUUUGACCGUCAGAUGAAGAUAAUAUAAGGUGAGAUGUGGUCAUUUACACACACCACUCCAGUCAGAACAUCAUUCCUUUGCUCAGCCACCUAACUAUCCCACUCCCAAAGUCAUGGAAUCUGCCAUUAACGUGCUCGUCUCCCAGUUCAAGACUUACGCAGGGAAAGAUGGCUCUGCGAACACUCUGAGCAAAGAUGAGUUUCAGAGCCUGGUCACUUCCCAGCUCCCAAACUUUGUAAAGAAUGCCUCUGACCCGGCCACCAUUGAUCAGCUCAUGAACUCAUUGGACGAGAAUAACGACGGAGAGCUGACGUUCCUGGAGUUCUGGCAGCUGAUUGGCAGUGUGGCGAGCCAACAUGGCGGCUUUAGCCAAUAAAGAAACCUGAAGUAUUAGUCAACUUGAAGAAAAUCACUUUAAUUUUACCUUGUGACUUUAUGUAAUUAUAACAUUGCGCAGUUAAUGAUUGUCCAAAGCAGGUGACGGCAAAUA